AUGUCACCAUGUGGAAAGAUAAUUUGUUAUUAUACGUUUCGAAAGAAAAGGAAAACCAGAUAUUUCUCUCUUUUCUAAUCGUGGCAACAAGGCACUCCUCUCACAUUUUCUCCACCACUUCGAUCCUUCUGCCGCCCAGCGCCCUUGCUCCUUCCAUCUCCCCUCCCUUCCAACCCUCCCCGAUUCCUCAUAUUCUCCACCGAUGGAUAAGACGAUGACGGCGUACAGUAGUAAUUAUAAUAAGGGAAACAGAAAAAAAAACAGUAAAACGCGAGACGAGCGACGCGCGGCAUCGUUCGAGCGAGAAGUAGCCUCUGCUAAAAAGUCGACAAAAAAAAGAUGAAAAUAACAAUUAGUGAGAGACGCUGUAUGAUUGUGUAUAUCAACAAUAAAUAAUUGCUGUGAUUAGAAUCGAUUAUUAGUAAGUAGUUAAGGAUCAAUUUUUAAGGCACAUCGCGGAGAGAGUGAGAGAGAGAGAGUGUGUGUAUGUGUGAGAAAAAGAAAAGGAGUACUUAUUAUCGAGAAUGUGAUUAGAGAAAGAGAGUGUGUGCGAGAGAGAGAGAGAGAGAGAGAGAGAGAGAGAGAGAUGAAGGGAAAAAUGAAGAGAGUUUCUGAGUGCGCGCGUGAUUGUACAUAACGAGCGUUUACGAGCGCGAGAGAGGCAAAGAGAGAAAGAGGAGAGACACGACACAAGUAGGGGAGAUUUGAAAAGCCGCGUUUCACCGGCGAUACGAUAACACGUGCGCGCGUGCGUAUGGAUACCCUCUCGAAUCGUCAACGGCGUUACAUUAUCCGAGCACGAUUGCUGAAAACGGUGAUCCUGAAAACGUGAAAAACAACAAAAAAAAAAGAAAUAUCGAAACGCGAUCCGAUCCGGGAGGUGCUUCAAUCGGAACGGGAUAAAAAGAGACCAAACAAAACGGAGAGAUUAAAAUAAAACUGCGGGAAAAGCGGGAUGAGGGGGAGGGGGAGGACGUUGAUCGCGGUGCGCGCGUUUACGUAGGAUUACAAGAAUCACGAUCUUCCCACUCGGAGUGUGUCUCUUGAUCAUACAUUGAUCUCCAUCUUCGGCACACAUCAACCGGAUCAAACACACGUACGUUCGGUGUGAUGCGUAGUGAGAAACGAGCGAUCUCGUGAUUUUCGUUGCUUUCGACCCGCCGAUUGAGUGACGGGAUUUCGCGGGGGAGAAAUCAACGUCGAAAAAAUCGUUUCGAUAAUCAUCGCGGAACGACGCAAUCGAUCGCGCGAUUCCGUUUACAGCCGAUAAUUUUCUCGUUACUACAUGCACCCACAUACACACACACACAUACAUACACACAACACACAAGUAUACAUCACGCGGCAUCGCGAAUCCGAGGAUGAGGCUUUUGUCGCGCCGACAUAUUCCAGAAGCAUAUCCAGUGACACAUAUGACUAGGCUACGAGUAAUUAAUCUCUCUUUCGGGCUCCGCGGCCGUAAGCCGCGCGCGAGCCUGCGAGCAACCAUUUAUCCAGGCGUGUAUUAUCAUCACGGAAAUCGAUCGAUCGUAUAUUACCAACGAGAGAGCACCCUAUGUGUAGGCACGAUUCGAUCGAUUCUGUGUGUGUGUGUGUAGAUCUCUAGUGACCGUUAAGAUAUCGUCUAUCGCAUGUAACAAACCCGUGCGGGGGACACGGCGGGGGAAGCCGGGGGACAACGCGCGCGUGUAAUAGUCGUGCGGUCGCGCCUCGGACGGUUCUAUAAUUUGCCGCGGAAUUCGGGAUAGAAUUCUAUUUCUGCGUGCGCACGGGGAGAGGGGGAGAGAGAGAGAGAGAGAGAGGAGUCACAAUCGUAGCGCACCCGUGGACGCGCGAGCGCGCGCGGCGUACACGCGCAUCUAUAAAUCUUCGAAUGCGCCUCGUGUAUCGCGGAGCGCGUAAAAUUUGCAAAUAGAACCGGCGCCGCCGGAAUUCUGUUUGCGAGGAGAGACGGCGCGGGACGAAUCGCGGAAUUACUCUUCCAAGUGCGCGCGCGCGCGCGUCCACGCAUACGAAACUACUUCGGGUGUGCGCAGCGCGGGAUUCCGUCGCGAAUUCUUGCGCGACGGGGCGUUCGCAGAGGAAAAGAGAGAGAGAGAGAGAGAGACGGCAGGCUCGCGAAAUUUUCGAGCGCUCCUCCUCGCGUUGCGCCGCGCAUCAAGUGUAAUCCCGAGUCCCGAAUAGCAAGUCACGGAUCGUCCGAGGCGGGCUCAGGCAGAAUCCACGAGACGAGCGGUGGAUUAUAUAUUCCUCAAGAUCUCCGUUGUACCGGCGCACCGAUUAGCGCUAACCACAGUUAAUGAUAUCCGCUUUCUGUAUCGUAGAUAGGGGCGCGAUCCGGGCAGAGGAAUAUCCGGGGAAUACCUGAGAGAGAGAGAGAGAGAGAGAGAGAGAAAGAGAGCAUCGAUCGGUCACUGGCGUUGCGGCCGGUCGUGUCGAACAUCCGAAUAGAAUCAGAAGCGAGACGGAGGAAAAGGGGAAGCGAACCAGAUCCCACGUUCGGGUACCGGCUGGGGAUGUUCGCGUAGAAGAGAAUCAAUUUGACAUAAAUUUGUUAAAGAUCCUCUUCUAAAAAAAACCGAUUUUCUGAGGCCGGUGUUCAUGAUCGGAUCUUGGAUCUCGUAUUUAAGGCCGUCUUAAGUUUAUCUUGAGGUCCUUCAUCGCUCACUUCACUGGCUAUGAAGCAUCUGAAGAUAAACUAAAAAAAGAAAGACGGUUUUAGAUAUAAGAUCUGACUACGAAUAUCGGCCUAAAAAGUGAUUCAGGAUCGAGCAUCCCCGCCGAGGUUCGCAUGGAAGAGAAUUGAUUUAAUAAAGUCGAUUUUUGCGUCUGAGGAAAAAAAUCGAUUCUCAGAAUCGAACAUCCCCCCAGUACCGACUUAUCAUUACUGCGCGCGCCGUAAAAAAGACAAAGCGAAACGCGACAGGAAAGAAGACAACGCGAGAAAGAUCCUCCCGUGUCGGAUCCCGGAGACAUACGCCCCUUCCCAGCCCCCACUCUUCACCCUCAUUACGUUAAGAAGAUAGCUGGCAAGGAUAAAAGGGAAAAAGGGGGAAGUGUUCGACGGCAAAACGCGAUCGCAAACGGCAAAGCUCGAGGAUCGAGUCGACGUAUCCUCGCCGCCGCGCGAAAGAAACGCGGCUCGCGGAAAAGCGCCGAGAGGGGAGAGGAGAGGGAAGCGAGACACGAAAGACACGUGCGCAGAAAAAAAAACCUUGAUUGCGAUCGUAUCGCGUUGUGGCGUAGAACAAUCUGUUAGUGCAGGGGCCUUAUCCUUACUGCGUGGGUCCUCUUAUCGAGGAUCGUCGCGAUCGCGAAUCACGCUCGGCGAUCGCGCGUCCCGUACGCCAACCGUUUCUCCUCCCCCUUCUCUCUCUCUCUCUCUCUCUCUCUCUAUCUCUCUCUCUUUCUCGCUCGAAUAUCUUCGUGCUCGAGGCGAGUGCGAAAUCGCGAAUCACGGGCGCGUGAAUCGGACGAAGCGCGAGACGCGCCCUCCGGAUCUCCGGCGGAGGGAGAAGCCGGGGGGAACGACGGUCGUCGAGGUGUGACGAUCGAUCGCGGUCGAUCCUCGCCGGGAACCCGACCUUAACCAUUACGCAAGGCAAUCAGCUAAGAAAUAAACUUAGUUUUUAUAGGAUAUUGAGAAUCGCCCCGCGCCCCUUCGGGGCGCGCGGUCGAAGGGCGAAAUAGCCCUUUCCUCCUCGUAUCGCAAAGAAAUGAAAGAAAGAAAGAUCCAGCAGCGCGACCGGACCGUCGCUCGCGAUCUCCUGACGCCGUGUGUCGUCGCGUCGACUGAAGGGGCUGGAUCGACGGACGGACGGGCGUCGUCUCGGCGACGACGCCUGGAAUAUUCCGUUCGUCUCGAAUCCCUCGGUCGCGCGACCGACUUUUGACCGGCGGCUUCGACAGCGUGCGCGGAAACGCGCGGGCUCGCGAUUUUCACUCGAGGACGAUCCUUCUGAGUGAGGAGCCGGUCGAGGCUCCUCCGACGUUGAACCACGCGGCCCGUCGUCCGCGUAUAAAUAUCGCGCUUUCUCCCCGCAUAGAUCGAGGUCGACCGAGAGAAUCGUGCGUGUAGGUUCGGACGCGCGUAACAAUCCAGGUGGCACGUGCUAAUUUCACGUGCGUUCUUCAAACGUACGUAAAUGGCCGGUCUACGAUGGAUAUUCUAAGCCUCGAGCUUCGAGAAACUAACCGAUCACAAUCGAAUAUGAAGAGGAUAAUUAACUGUGAUCGGCCAGUUUCUCAAGGCUUAAAAUACCUAUUGUAGACCGACACUAUGUCGUUUCAUAAUCGUAUACCACGUAAGUUUGAGGAACGUGUGUGAAGCUAACUGUGCUAGGGAAGGAAGUAGCAGCAAGCUGUCGGCCACGUAGCGUGUCGAAAGGUCAGCACUUGACGCGGUACGUUCAGGUGUGCCAAAAGACAGGGAAAUAUGUCUUCGUAAAGAGGCAGGGUGAAAAAGAGCCACAAGGGAAUCGAUCGAGCGAAGAACUCUCAAGUCGUCGCCGAGCGGCUCAAUUCUCUGUGCCAAGUUACUCUAAAAACGUGGUAACCGUCGCCGCCCAGCGGCAUUCAGCACGUGUGCCAAAUCGUCGUUCGUUAAUUAAUCGCCGCCGCCUGUUUCGGGUCGCGAGUCCCCGCCCUGACGUACCACCGAGUGUCGACGAGGUGCGCUCGUUCCCGAGCCCUCUCCGAGCUUUUCUCGACGCCUCGCCCGGCUCGAUCCGGCUCGCGCGUGGGGUUGACGUUGAUCCGACUUCUCCGGGGGCUUCAUCAUUAUAUAUACGUAGUAGGGAGCGAGGGUGUGUUUCAAACUUAGAGAACGGUCGACGAAAACAACUGAAUACGUUUCAGACAAUCAUCGAGGUGUUAACGUCGCUGAUAUUUUUAUAACGUAAUCUUCUUUCUUAUCGUGUCGAUAUCUUAUAUGUAUAUGUGUGUAUAUAUAUAUAUGUACGAGAGAUCGCAGUGUAACUGCAUUUCCUAUAGGGAGCGUGAGAAAGUGGGAUUUACUGUCGCUAAAAUGAGAGAUGGAGAGAGGGGGAGAGAGAGAGAGAGAGGGGGGAGGGGGGAGUUGUCUCUAGAGUAACCCGUAUCCACGCACAGUGUAUUCUUCCGGUUCGCAGUCGCGAGUCUUAAACGUUCUAGACGUGUCUACGUUCUUGACGUGUCGACAUAUAGCCGCCGUUGGAUCGAGAAGCAACGCGUGUCGCGCGUCUCAGGAUGCCGCGAACCUGAAUCUCUCGGCGCGAGAACGGCGCGAAGCGAUCUCGUCGAGUCGAAACGUCAGGAAGGGAACGAGCAAGCGAACUGAUCAUCCUUUUCGCGGCGGAGCUCGGGUGACAACAAGCACAAGGGGAGAAAGAGAAGUGACGAGUGAAAAAAGGAAAAGAGGACGAACGCGUAUUUUCUCUUGCCGGAUGCGCGCGCGCGGCGAGAGAGAGAUCGAAAUUGAAUUAGUGAAAUAUGAUAUUACGAAUUGUAAUGAAUAUAUAGGGAGCUUCUUUCUUCGGUUGUUGUUUGCGCUUUUUCCGAUAUAUACUCGAAGGGAGUGACGUUGCGUUGUCUCACGGAGAUCGAAACGAAGCCGGAGAUUCUUCGCUCUCGUUAGCGCGUAAUUACUUCCCGUCGUCUUUUUCUUCUUCAUCUUCUUCUUCUAACUACUGCUACUAUUUCUUCUUCUUCUUCUUCUUCUUCUCCUCUACUCCUUCUCCUUCCUCCUCCUUCUUCUUCUCCUACUCUUUCUUCUCUUCGACAAUUAAUAGACUAACGUAUCGAGCUCGUGACACAGUCUGUCGUUCGAUCUACGAUGGAUUGUUAGCGAGACGGAUCUGAUCUCGAAGCCAAAAACAGAGAGAGAGAGAGAGAGAGUGAGUGAGUGAGUGAGAGAGUUAGAGAGUUAGAAUACCGGAGUAAUCUUAUCUCGUAACUCGUCGUGAAGGUGUUCCCUUUAACGAGAAACGUAAGUCAUAUCAAUUAUCGAUGGAGAACAAUAAAUUUUAGAUAUCCUCUUCUUUGACGAGAGAAAAGUGUUCGUCGUGGAAGUAGUAUUGUAUUUUCGUAGAAAAUAAAACGCGUUGCCCGACUCGACUUUGUACAGGGGGAAGAAAAAAAAAGAAAAGCGAACGAUCUUCCUCGAGCUACUCGUUAUCCGACGACUGGCGCGCUAAAAAGUGUAUUUAGAGGGGGAGCGAAAAACGCGCGCUCUCUAAUUUUUCGAGACGAUAGCGACUUUUUUAUCGUUCGACCGCGCGAAGGGAGAAACGUCUCCUCGAUUGGGAGAACGCGGCGACACGCGCCAUUGCGGAUUUUUGCGACCCGAUCCAUCGUCGAAGUCUCCACGUACCCUCUCCAACGUCGCUAAGGUUAUAUAUAUCCUUCCGUUCAUUCUCCCUCGAAGCGUCAAAAGGGAAAAAUAAAAAAAUGAAGACGUCACAAAGAAAAGACGCUAGGAAAAACGUGAAAUACGUAACGAGAAGGGCGUGAUAUGUUCGCGGACGGACGAGCUCUUUGUUCUCCUCCCAAUGCAGUCGCGUCUUCUCGAUCCCUCUUUGUCCCCUCCAACCCUCUCUAUCUUGGAUCCCCGUUUCCUUUAUCUUCCUCGGCCAGGAUCGACUUAUGUUAAAAAGCCUUUACGAAAACAGGGUCAUAAAUACUUACGUGUAAUACGAGUAUUUUAAAUUUUUAACGUGAAAAAAAAAUCGUAAGAGAGAGAGAAAGGGAUUAACAAAGCGAGGUGUAGUAAUGCGAUGUAACAGAAAUAAAAGAGAGAGAGAGAAAGAGUGAGCGAGCGAGCGAAAGACAACGAGCGAACGAGAGGGAGAGAACGAGAAAGAACGAGAGAGAGAGAGAGAGAGAGAGGAAUAAAAUUUUUUACGAAAAGAAUAAGUAAUCUGAGGUGUAUAAAAAGUGUCGCGAGUACGACUUGCGACUGCGUCUUUCAAUGUGUAUCGUCGCUCAUUUUUGUAACGUGUCGCCCCGAAAACGCACGCGCAUUCGGAGCACACGUGUACGGAGCGCGGAGAUGUGAUCUCACAGUCGAGUCAGGCGAAGCCCUUGAUCCUUUCAGCACCGGAGCGAGAGAAGGCCGUGUACCGUGUGUCUUCCAGAGCCUUCUUUCGUCUUCACUUCGACCGACUCGAAGCAGGUUCACUUGGAUCUUACGUUAAUUAAUCUCGCACUAAUUAACGUCACGCUAAUUUCACCGCGUUUAUCCCCGUUUUAUGUAUCUCCGUAGCCUUCGCGCUCUCUCGCGUUCAGGGGCUUCGAAAUAUUCGUCUGGUGAUAUACAGUGAGCGAUCCAACAGAGAGGGGGGGGGGGAAGAGAUUACUGCGUAAUCGUUGUCAGUGGGUGGGUGCUGAAAGGUUUAAGCAAGAGGCGCGCCCGAUCGCGAUACAGAUGUGGGUCGGUCGUCAGAAGGUCGCGAAGAGCUAUUUGGGCGAUGUCACCAAGUGAAUCACGGAGGAACGUCGAAAGUGCCGAUCGCGAGGAUUCACGGACGGGAAACGUGCGUCGGCCGGGUCAUACCCACGUGUCGUGCUUGCGCCACGUGGUACAGCGGAAGACGCCGAGUGAAAAGUGUAAUCCGUGACGUUCUUUCGCGAUCGGUCGCCUCGCACAGCGUAAAAGUACAUUAUUCCAGGGUAAAGUUUUGUAAAAUCGUCUGGUACGCAAUAUUUUAUGUAAAAAGUAAACACAUACACAUCUAAACAUACACACACACACACACACACACACGAAGGCACACAUCUUUGAACGAGACACAUAUUGGACAAGCAGCAUGCUCCCAUGCAUAACACAUGAUGGAUACAAGGUGAGAUAGGGAAAGAGGGAGAGAAAGAGAACUAGAGAGAGUGAGAGAGAAAGAGAGAGUUAGAAAGCGAGAGAGUGAGUGUGUGAAUGAGAAAAAAGAAAGAGAGAGAGAGAGAAAAGAUACGUUCGCGUGAUGCUUGGACGCAUCGGAGCGCGAGAGUGAGAGACGAAAUAAAACACCUGCUGUAGGCCGGCGGUACGUACAUACGUAUAUAUACAUAUAGGGAUAUGUAUAUAUAUACAUACAUACUUGCAUACAAUAUACAAUUACCGUAAGUGUAUAAGAGAUACUUUAUAUAGCUGUAUUCUACGUCGUCACUACGUAUACAGGCUCGCGAGCGUUGACAGGUGAUUUGUCUCGGCUGGCGCGUUAAGGAAGUGCUUUUAGCAUAGGGAUCGCGUGGAUGAGAAAGCGAGAGUGUGUGUAUGUGUCUCUGUGUGUGUGUAUACAUGUGAGAGAGAGAGAGAGAGAGAUAAAUGGGAAGGUAGUGCACGAGAAGAGUAAAUUUAUAUCUCGCAGUCGACGUUACAUAUCUUUGACUCGUUUGUUUUCGAAGCGUCAUACUGCGUUUAAACGCGUUUGCGAGAGUAUUGACGUCGGCGCGUUACGCACCGGUGUGCCACGGGAACGACGAGAAACGCCAGCUCGUAGCGAAUUGCCGCCGAAUCAGCCUAAACAGUUCGAGCGCGCUGAACGUUAAGUCUGGCCGCGUCGAGCCGCGAUUUCUCGCGAUUCGACGGCAGCCGCACACUUGAGUUCGCCCGCAGACGAACGGACUCGGUGAGAAAACACACACAGGCGAUCGUCGCCCAACGUCAGUCUUACAUAUCAGAAUUUAGUCAGCAUCGUGGGAAUCCCUCCCCCCAGAGGCUCCCCGAAUUUCCGACUCCGCGCGUUUCGAGCCGAGAAGUUCGAUCGAACGUGUCUCGUGCUCGGCGUAAGGAAGGGAAUCUUCGGGUACUGAUCGUGGAUCGGGUGGGCUCGUCCGACCCCGAAAAGCGACCGGUGCCCGAAGAACGUUGCGGAAGAACGACGUUCUCGGCUCCCCCGAGCUCCUCACCCCUUUUAUUAUUGACCUUCGAGAAAACCCUCGUCCAACCCCCGGAUAAAUUCUCUCCUCCCAGUGCAUCCUAGCUUUAGAAGGUAUAUUUUAUUUGUAUCGUCACAGUUACACCGCACGUACAAAAAAGAAAACAUACACACACGCGUACAUGAUAUUAACGAUGGAAUACUUGUACUCGGCUACGAGCUGUGUAACUCUGUAACGGUUCUUAUUAUUAUUAUUAUUCUUAAUGUUGCUACUCCGUAUCGCGUAAUCUGUAAAACGUAUAAAUAUGCAUUCUCCGUUGCUGAAUUGACCGAUCGAUUGACCGGUCGGUCGGUCGAUCGAUCGAUUAAUUGCGCGCGUCAUGCGCUUGGAAGCUAACGCGAAAAUGACUUCUUGAGAAAAACCGAAUCCUUUCGUAAGGGAGACCGUUGACUGCGUGGGUAUUUUUUUACUUUACUUUUCUAAGUUUUCAGUCUUUUUCUUCACUGACACAAUACACACGCGCACUCAUAUUAUUGUAAAAUAGGGAUCAUUUACACACACACACACCCACACGUACACUGAGGAAAACACUUGUGGCUCAUCAUUUACUUACGCUGUUACACACACCGUUGUCUCUUUCGGCGCUCGGUUACACGCACUGAGAGGAAAGUAGUUUUCAUUAAGCUGCAGUUGCCUUAAUUAAUUAAGACGUAACGAUGUAUCAGUUUCACGCGAUCGGUUCGGACGUGGUGUGAGAGAAGGAGAGAGAAAGAGCGAGAGAGAGAGAGAAAGAGAGACAGAGAGCAUUCUGCUGAAAUAGAAGUGCGACAAUUUCGACGUCGAUUGUUCUCAUAAUACGUAUCUCAAUAUACGACGCAAAACUAUUAGCUGUGCCAAGUAGCGGAUUUUUUUCUUUUUUUUGUAAGAAAAGUGAAAGGAAAUAAAGACGAUUGCUGCAAAACGAAAGUAUAUCGAUCCACUUUUAAUGUAUAACGCUCACUCGUCGGAAAUCUCGUUGUCGUCGCGCGCGUGUUCGACGCGAAUCCGAUGUAAUUUCGCAAAGCGGAAGAAAAGGAAAAAAUUAAGUGGACAGGACAUUGCAAUUCGCCUUUGCGCGACACGCGCCUCUUCACGAUCGCGCGGUCGAGCUGACAAUUUUCUCUCAGUGACAACAAAGCCCUCCCGCGCGGAGGGCGGUGUGAAUCCGAGGAAUCUGAGGAGGGAAAAGAAGAGAAUAUGAUAACGCGGCGCCUCGCGCGGCAGAAUUGCCUGCGAGAUGUGUUGGGCGUGCGAACGCGCAUACAUACACACACACACACACACACACACAUAUUGUCAUUGUCGCGAUUGCGCGAAGGAACGUCGUGAUAUAGUCAGUUCCGCUAUUUCCUCCGUUCCUGAUCGACAUCGUCGUUAUUGUUGCUUCGCGAUGUUCCGCGUAAUCGCUAAUUGUAAUCGUGAUUUUCACUCGUCAGGUGCCGCGCCGUCAUAACACACGAGCUGCACCUUGAUCCUGUUUAUUUACACUUCAGCGAACACGACGAUGCCGCGUUCUCUCGUAUCGCUUUUCCUCCUUCUCCUCUCCUCUUCCUUUCUUCUGUUUCCUUUCUUGUAUUAUUUAUUUGCUCAAGACGCGAGAUGAUGAUGCAAUUCACACACACACACACACACACACCAAGUGAUCUAAGGUGUUUGAAGGAGGAGCGCGUGGAUCGCGUAAGUCGUGAACCUUUGUGAGAGUGUAGCGCUUUUAUUAUUAUUUUUUUUUUACGAGAAAGCUCUAACAAGACUCUAAAAGAGGGACCAUAAAGCUGAAUUUCUAGGAGAAAAACGGAGCGCGCGUUGAAUCUACCGAUCGUUCAAUCGUAUCCCCAUAGUCGAGCAGUUUUGGGAACGUUUUUGCGUUCGUCGUGCUCUCGCGCGCGUGCGGCGCCGAGUUCGAUCGUCACGCGACUUCGAUUCAACUUUUAUCUCCUCCCCUUUCUCUCUUUUUAUUUAUUCGUCGUCCGUGCGAUGCGUCGAAUGUUACUGUCGGGAAAAACGGGAAUCGCGGGGGCGAAGUUCGCGGCGCUGAGUGCGGGCACGCGAGUACGAGACUCUCUCUCUCUCUCUCUCUCUCUCGCAACUCUCGACUAUAUAUAUUUUUUACUCUUAUUUCGCGCUCCCUCCCCCCUCUUUUCGAACACCCUAGAAUCAAUCACUCCUGAACGGCGCGAUCGGCGAAAUCGCGAGGAGAAAGUCGAGGGAGACCGGGGAGGACGAUUGAUCCGUUAACCCCAUCGCACCGUUCGUGAGAAUUAACACGUCAUACACGGCAUUCUUCUAACUUAUUCGUUGCGCGUGAUCCGAAUCGCCGACCGCUGGGAGGGAUGAACGACGAGAUCUCCGCGAGGCUUCUUCUUCUCCGAUCGCGAGACAGCAAAGCUGUGCUUCGGUCUUGAUUCUCGCACGCGCGAUCCCUGAGUCAAACGUUCAUCUUCUCCUUCAGCGGUCGGAUCGAGAGAGCAAACAUGAGAGAGAAAGCGAGAGAAAGUGUAUAUGUGUGUGUGUGUGUGCGUGUGUGCGUGCGGAUGGGAUAAUGAAAGAGGAAGAGAGAAAGAGAGAGAGAAUGAGAGAAAAAAAGCGCGAGAGUAAGAGAAGGUACGCGGCUGUACCGCCGCUCGAAUAGAAAGAGAUCUGAGGAGGAGCCGUGAUCGCCGGACUAUUGUCGUACGUUCUUUAGUGGCUUUACAGGCGAGACGAUUUUUAGACUUUGGCGUUGUACGCACGUUUUACGUCGGAAAGAGAGAAAAAGAGAGAGAGAAAGAGAGAGAAUGAGAGAGAGAGAGAGAGAGAGAGUGUGUUAAGAUGAAAACUACGUGUACAUCAUCGACUACCUUUGCAACCGUCGAGAUGCUUAAGAUUAGUCGCCACUCACACACAUAUAGACAGAUAGACACACACACACACACAUAUACACACACGUAAUGCCCAAAAAAUUUCGCUUAAUCAAACUUUCCCUCCUUCUCCGUGUAUCUCUCUGUAUCACGUAUCUGUAAUUAUUAUUGCCAUCUGUCUCGGGCUAUUUAAAUUGCGACUGGUCGUUCAGACAAUUCAGACCGGCAUUGUGCGAGCUACGACGCGCACUCCUCGCCCGCAAUCACUUGCGGGCAAUUACGAGGAGGAGGAGGAGGUGGAUUACGCGCUCGCCCUCGCUUUUGUUCAGGAGUGGCUCGUCGUACGACUGUUCGGCGCUCGCGGUUCCCCUUGACGUUGAAGAUGUAAGGGCAAUAAACCACUGUACAUUUCUCGAAUGUACACUUGUAUUUGAAUGUGUAAGUUGCAUAAAAAAAAAAGACAGAUUUUUUAGAUAUUGCACUGUCAUAUUUAUUAUUCUAAGGUAACGAGAGACCGAUCGGCUCGCGGAUCGACCGCGCUCCCGAAAUCGCGUGUCGAUUUCGGCCGCGCGAGCCGGGCAGGAAGAGGCGGGAUCCUCCCCUCUGAGAGACGAUCCCGCUCCCUCGAGGAUUGAACGGCGAGCACGGUCGAUCGCGCGCGCGGGCGCCAUUAUGAAUUAAUAUUAUUAAUAAUAAAAAAGAGAAAAAAAAAGGUGAAGAGAAGAAAACAAAGAGGCGAAAAACCGAACGCAUUGUUCUUUCCACUAAGAAUGGAAGCAAGGUUUUUAGUGUUUUCACUACGAUUGAUAAACGAUUCUAUUAUUAUAUAAUAUUAUAUUAAUAACAAUAUUAUUACUGUAAUGUUUGUUUUUGGUUAUUAAAGUGUGUAUAUAGCAAUAUAUUCUAGAAACGACCGAUCUCGUGCAUUUACUUUCACACCAAAACCUCCAUGAAGAGUCAAAUGUCGUUUAUAGAUCUGCCGUGGAAUUGCAAUUUUAUGUCCGUGAAUACAGUUGACGUGUGACUUAACAGUAAAAAAUGACGAUCUUCAGUAUUAGUGAAAGGAUACAGAUGUAAUAAAUAAAUAUAUAUAUAUAUAUAUGUAUAUACAGGUCACGACAAGUAGGUGGAAUUCAACAUGCGCGGAUUAUAACUUCCACAAACAAUACUAAUGAGGCGGCUCCAGAGAUACAUCAUAGCUUAAAGACUACUUUCGAGAUGUAUAUAAUGAACAAAUACGAAAUUUACAUAUUUUUUACGUAGUUACACGAAGAUGCAACUCAAUAUCUAUUGAAUGCCAAAAUCUUUUAUGAAAUCUGUUAUUUCCAAAUUAUACCGCAUGAACGAAAAAUCACAUAUGAAUCAUAGUUGAUUGUUUGAAAUAUUUUUUCUUUAAUUUAUAUAAUUACAGAUUAUGGUGUUAUUUUUAUUCGUCGAAUUAUUGAGCAGUGAAGCAGAAGUCCUUUCAGCUUUCAUUAUUUACGGAAGGUAAACGAAAAACUAUGUUUUUUGGUGAGCGAUAUUCAUCAGCAAAUUAAUAGAAAAUUGAAAAUUUUCCUUUUAAAAUGUAUUUAUCUCAUUUUUGAUAGAAAGGAAAUUUCAAUGUUACAAUUUAAUUAAAAAAUUCAACUGACCCAGAAAACCGUAAAAAUAUAUUAGAAUUAAACGAGAAGUGGCGUUCGUUCGGCUUUCAGCUUCGUAUUCACGCAGCAAAAAUGUCCAAAAAACACAUCAUAGGGAUAUCCUACAGAUGUCGUGAUAUUUUUAGAAUAUCCGUAUAAUGUAUUUUGGAUAUUUUUGUUGUGUAAGAAAAUAUGAAGUUGGAUAUUGAACGAAUACUAUUUUUCUUUUAAUUGAAUAUAUUUUGACGAAAGUGGACAGCAGCGUUAUAUUCUUAAUAUUCCCGGAAAUUCCAAGUUUUAAGCUAUGAAGUUUUAAGUCGAGUAAGCUAUGAAGUUUCGAACGACCUCACUAUCAUAAUUUUUACCAUAGUUAUAGCCUAUAAACUUUUAUUUAUUUUUCAUGAUUGGAAAUAUUAAUUCUUUAAUAUUGUAUUAUUUAAUUUGUACAUAAUUUAAAAGCCCUUCUGUGUUGCUAAGAUUUUCUAUUUGAUGUAAAAUUGUCUUUCGACCUGCUGCUUAAUCUUAAAAGUGAAAAAUAAAAAAGUCUUCUAACUUGCCGUUGAAUCGUAAAACUUCAAAAUAGAAAUAAGUCUGACUUACUAUGAAUUAUAUACUACAUGGAAAAUAAAAAUAAAUUUGACUCAUCUUGGAGUCAUACUACGACUUCGAUCUUUCAAUAAGGACGGUAGCGACUCGUAGCGGAGAUUUUAGAACUAAUUAGUAGCCACAUCACCAUUUAACAAAUUAACGGAUCUAAGAAUAAUUAUCAGACCCGUUAUUAUUACGGGUUUAUGUAUAACCUAGUGCCAUCUAGCGGUAUUGAAUAGAAAUCACUCGAGAGAAAGGUUUGAAUCUCGAGUUACAUGGUUCGAAUCUUGGAUAAAAAAAUCGUGAAAAAUUAGUUCCAAAGUCUCCGCUACGAGCCGCCACCAUUCUUAAAAGAGAAUCGCCGAAGUAGUACGACUCAACAGCAGUCCAGGCUAUUUAAAAAAGUUUUUUAUUCCAGUAGUAGUCCACAGACUUUUCCUCGUUCGGUGCGUGCGAUAAUCGGAGUCGUUGGGAUUUAAACACGUGCGAGGUUUUUAAUAAACAUAUCUGCAAAUAAAAUGGAAUCGGACAAAGAAAGUGAGGAAAAACUGAAAGAUUUCCAUGAGCUGGAACUAGACGACAGGAUAUUAAAGGCGAUCGCAAAGCUAGGCUGGUUAGAGCCCACAUUAAUACAGGAGAAAGCGAUACCAUUGUUGCUGGAAGGGAAGGAUGUCCUGAUCAGAGCUCGCACGGGAUCCGGCAAAACGGGUGCGUUUGCUGUGCCGCUCAUUCAGAAAAUAUUAAUAAACAAACGCACUCAGGAGAAACAGGAGAUUAAGGGGGUGAUCGUCGCACCUAGCAAAGAGCUAUGCAAGCAGAUUCAGGAAGUGAUUGUUAACCUGACUACCAAGUGCAGCAGGGAGGUCAGAGUGGUUGAUGUCAGUCCUCAGACAGACUUGAACGCGCAGAAACCAUUACUGAGUGAAAUGCCAGACAUUGUUGUGGCUACACCAGGUCGUUUGUUGCAACAUUUGAAAGCAAGAAACUUGGUCUUAAAACGCAGCCUGGAAACAUUAAUUAUUGACGAAGCCGAUCUGAUAUUCUCGUUCGGUUAUGAGGACGACAUGAAAGCAGUGCUGGCCUAUUUGCCAGCGGCUUAUCAAGCGGCUUUAGCGUCUGCCACGUUGUCUGAGGAUGUUCAAACUCUGAAAAAACUUGUUCUACAUAACCCCGCGAUUUUAAAGCUGGAAGAGCCACCUUUAGCACCACCCACUCAACUGGCACAUUACACUCUGGCUGCGGAGGAGAAUGACAAAGCGGCUAUUUUGUACGCCCUGUUGAAAUUGAAUUUAAUCAGAGGAAAAUCCAUAAUAUUUGUAAACACGGUAGACAGAUGCUACAAGCUGAAGUUGUUCCUGGAGCAGUUCGGUAUCCCCACUUGCGUCUUGAAUUCCGAGUUGCCGGCCACCUCGAGAUGCAGAGCAGUGACGCAGUUCAACAGCGGCACUUACGACAUCAUAAUAGCGUCGGACGAGAAGGCAUUGGAAGAGCCGCACGUGACAAACAGGAAGAAGGGCAAGCGAAGGAAGGACAAGGAAUCCGGCGUAGCGCGCGGCAUCGACUUUCAAUUCGUGUCUAACGUCGUCAACUUCGACUUCCCGUUGGACGUGGACUCGUACAUACACAGAGCAGGACGCACGGCCCGCGGGAAGAAUCAGGGAACCGCCCUCAGCUUCGUCGCGGUCAGGGAGAGAUCUCUGAUGGAGAGCGUCGAGGAACAAUUGAAGCACACCUACAAUCGCGACAGUCUAUUCAAGACCUAUCAAUUCAAACUGGAGGAAGUGGAGGGCUUUCGUUACCGUGCGAAGGACGCUUGGAAAGCGGUGACGAGGAUAGCCGUUCGAGAGGCACGGUUGAAGGAGAUCAAGCAGGAGGUCAUGAACUGCCAGAAGCUGAAGAGCUACUUCGAGGAUAACCCGCGCGACCUGCAGUCGUUGCGCCAGGACAAAGCGCUGCAUACGGUCAAGCUGCAGCCGCAUCUAAAAGACGUGCCCGAAUACAUAGUGCCGCCCACUUUGAAGAGGCUCAUGGGAAUCGGCAGGAGAAAGAGGAAGUUCGACAGGGACGCCGCGGCGUCCGGGGCAACCGCCGUGAAAUCGAGAUAUCGAGCUCGCGCCUCGAAUCCGUUGGUCAGCUUGCAGAUACCGGCGAAGAGCAAGUGAUUCUUUCCGCACAUCGAGAGAGACACGACGAUCUGGCUGCCUUAAGGGGACGACUCUCGAAAGAAGACCGUUCGCUUCACCUUUGUUUUUUAUUGUUAAUAAAAUUAAUCCAACAACAGCAGCGCGCCGCAUUCGUUUGCCACAACUCCAUCGCCAACUCUCUCUCUCUCUCUCUCUCUCUCUGUUAUUACCUACAAUAUCUUACAAAAUUGUUA